GAGGGUUGGAAGAAAAGGAUGCGUGGGUCGGUUGUGGUCGCUAGUGUUGGUUGAUGGAAGAAACGACGAGCCGCCCUCUGGCAAAAGCACACUGUUCCAGUGCCUACCUGUCAUUCCCCAUCCCUCCCAGUGGGGAAGCCCACCACCGCAUACUUGGGACCAAUCCUCUGCGUCUGAUUCAUAUAUGCACCAGCAACAGCUGCUUUAGAUGAGCUCCAACCGAGCGACGCCGACGCUAGAGGGGGGGUUUUGGACACACGGGGGAAUGACUCGGCGCGAAUGAGGGGGAAAGCGGGCCGCCGCCAGCAGCAGCAGAAGCAACAUGGUGAUGGCAAGGCCACGUCCAGCGGCAAGAAUGGCGAGCAUGUGCAGCCGGUCCUCCGAUCUUCGGCCGACGCCGUGACGCCCCGCAUCUUGAUCCUGCGCUUCGAUAAGGCAGCACAGCAGCACACUGCGCUCGCACGUAUCGAGGCAUUUUACGAAGCGCAAGCGCAGGUGCACCGGCACCUGCACGAUACUAGUGGCACCGGCGACGCGCGACGGUACCUCACGCUCAAGCAGGCCGCCGAUGCCAAGGUGUGCAAGAAUUACGAUGGGUUCAACUUCCCCGUGGCGGCCGUGACUCAGUGGUUAGAAGCCAUGCGCGAGGCAACGACUGGUACUGCAUCAAACGACGAGGGCGAACAGGACAAGGACAGGUUGUAUGAAGACGGGUCGAACAGUCGCUUCUGGGAGGUGGAGUGCAAUGCGUGGGAGAUCGCCCUGCUGCACCAUCUUGCAUCCAAAGGUGUCCGCGUACCAGGAAUUCCAGAAACUAGUUGCAACCAGCAAGAUGAUGUUCCCUGCCCUAGCACAGUAGAGGUAGCAGUAGCAGCAGCCAUUUCAGUCGACGGCCCGGCCACGGACCCAAGUACAGAGAGUAGCAGCCGCUGCACGAGAGACAGUCUUGGUGAAGGCACCGGCGCGAAGUCGAUGCUAGGGAUCAUUGCACGACUGAAGCAUCUCGAUCUGGCACCGGACCAACCCUCGGUCGAUGUGGAAACUGAAUCAAGGGAGAGUCUUCCAGCCCCGACGUACAUCAUCUCGACGCUUGCCUCGCCCAUUGGUCUGUCGACGGUGCUCGCGCACGAGCGGCAGCACGCACUGUUUUACCUGCAUGCGCGUUACGCGGCUGCUUGCCGUGACUACUUCCCCGCCGCUGAGAGCAAGGUCCGCACAGCGGAAGCGGCGCGCAAGCCGCUGCACACGGCUGCGAUCCAGCGAGCGAUCGAGUACGAGCUGGCGCUGCGGCGCUACCCGCGUGUCGUGUGGGUCGACGAGUGGCAAGCCUACCUCUCUGUCCCGCUGCGGCACCUGGACGUGAAAGAGUUCGGCAACAAGUGCGCCGGGGAAGUGCAGGAUGUCGCUGGCUUCAUGCGCGGGGAGAGCGAGCGCGCUUGGGCGGAGCUUGCGGCCGAAGAGGAUGGAGUGCUGCCAAGGAGCCGGUGAUGAAGUGUGUGCGUUGGGACUAUCUUUCUAGAGGCAAUUGAUGUGCACCGCGCAAAAGCAACAUCAUUUU